UUCCACACAAGGAAGGAUUUCAGUGCUUGGACCUGAAUCCUUUGUGCUCAGUCCCGUGGCUGGUGCCAAAGAGCAUACCCACCUAGAAUUGUAAGGUGAAACCUGUUUACAGGUGUGAUGCUUGGCCUGCCGCAAUCCGAUGAGUUGGUUUUCUUUGUGAACGGGAGGAAGGUGAUAGAGAGAAAUGCGGACCCAGAAGUCACUCUGCUGACCUUCCUACGAAAGAACUUAGGUCUCACAGGAACCAAGUACGCCUGCGGCAGAGGGAGCUGCGGCGCCUGUACCGUGAUGGUGUCUAAGUGUGACCCUGUGUCCAAGAAGAUAAGACACUUCUCCAUCACCGCAUGCCUGGUGCCCAUCUGCUCUCUCUAUGGAGCUGCUGUCACCACUGUGGAAGGUGUGGGAAGCAUCAAAACCAAGCUUCACCCUGUGCAGGAGAGGAUCGCCAAGAGCCACGGCACCCAGUGUGGAUUCUGUACCCCUGGGAUGGUGAUGUCCAUGUACACACUGCUCAGGAACCACCCGCAGCCCUCCGAGGAGCAGCUCAUGGAAGCCCUGGGAGGCAAUCUGUGCCGCUGCACUGGGUACCGGCCAAUUCUCGAGAGUGGAAAGACCUUCUGCAUGGAGUCGAAUGGCUGUCAGCAGAAGGGAGCAGGAGAAUGCUGCUUGGCUCAGGGAGAAGAGGAUCCUUCCUCACUCGGCAGGAGCAGCGACAUUUCCACAGAGUUAUUUGCGAAAGACGAGUUCCAGCCCUUGGACCCUACUCAGGAGCUCAUAUUCCCCCCAGAACUCUUGCAUCCCUAUCUGUCCUCUUGGCAUCCAGUGGUGCAGUUCUACAAAAUACCUAAUUCUGAAGGGAUUCUGGUGUAUUGA